AACGUCCGACCCGGAAAAAAAGUCAAGCCUCCGUCACCCGAUCACUCAAACAAAAUAGAGGGUAGAGUGAGGGCGUCGUGCACGCUAGUUUUUUUUUUUUUUUAAUCAACUCUGUAGAAGUUGUUUAAAAGUUGCUGUGAGGAUGAUCGCACGCGCCGGGGCGCGCUCGCUGCUCUCCGCUUGGUUUCAGGGCGCUGGCUGUGGCGCACUGUGACUCUCCACAGCGUUGAUUAUGUGAUAGUGGCAGCGAUGCCGUAUCUGGAUCGCUUGAACCGAGUGUGCGGCUUCCUUGACAUCGAGGAGAAGGAAAACAGCUGUCGCUUCCAGAGGCGAUACUUCAUCCUCGACACGCCAGGGAAUGUUCUGCAAUGGUAUAUGGACAAUCCCCAGAACCUGGCCAGAGAAGCCAGCUUUGUAGGGAGCCUGAAAUUGACCUACAUCUCUAAGGUGAGCGAAGCCACUCCAAAGCAAAAGCCAAAGACUGAGUUCUGUUUCGUCAUAAAUGCAGUUUCGCGGCGGUACUUCCUCCAAGCUAAUGAUGUGACCGACAUGAAGGAGUGGGUCAAUGCACUCAACAAAGCCAGCAAGAUCACUGUUCCUAAAUCCUGCCCCACACCCGCCAAGUCUGAGUCGAAUGCUGUCAUCACUGAUUCUCAGGGAGGAAGGAAACAACAUGCCUACAAGGCAGAGAUCAUUGGUGGUGUGGUGGUGCACACUCCAAUCCAGAAUGAACCUGAAGACACAGAGGGAAGAGAGAAGAAGGGCAACAGGCCUGGUGUGCUGAGAUGUGGUUUCUGUGUCAAGCAAGGAAAUGUGAGGAAGAGCUGGAAGAGGCGUUUUUUCACCCUAGAUGACAGCACAGUCAGCUACUAUAAGACUGACACCGACAAGGAGCCUCUUCGAGGUAUUCCACUCAGAGACAUUCAGAAGGUCCAUGAAUGUCUUGUCAAGUCUGGGGAUCUCCUGUUUAGAGACAAUCUUUUUGAGAUCAUCACCAACUCCCGAACUUUUUACAUCCAGACAGACACCCCAGAGGAAAUGCACGGUUGGAUCAGGGAUAUUGAGACGAAAAUUCGGGAAUUCAGAGGACCGCCACGGGGAUAUCAGUUCAAAAGAGUUUCUUCUCUCCAUCAAAAACAGAAUGCUAGCGGUGCCUCUCGUCUGCAGAGUAGUGAGAUGCGGCCCCAGCUGGUUAAAUCCUGCUCUGUGGCUCCAGGCUGGCAGCCCUGGACGCCCGUGCCUCCGGGUGAGCCCUCCAUCGUAGACAUGGAUGAUGAGGACAGCCCUUUCAGCCCUGUUCCCACUCGGCCUUCCCUCUCUUCCUCAUCUACUUCCUCUUCCACCUCAUCCUCCUCUAACUCCCUGACCACCCUGGCCCCCUGCCCCAGUGGAUCUGCGAGCAGCGGGCUUGUGAUGCUCACAGCGUCUGCAGACAUUGCGAGCGGGCGGCGCCGGCAUCGCUCACAGCCCCAACCUCACUCUGCCUUUCCCUUCAGCUUGGAUGAUGAUGGCAUCCGCACAACAGAUGUCUAACUCAGAGCAGUCUGUUGAGACUCCUGUGUUGACGAAAGUGUUGGUACCUCUUUUGUUUAAGUAAUGAAUGUGACUGGUAAUGGUAGUAUUCCCUGCCAAUGAAGAAACAAUAUUCCCAUGGCUUGAGAUUUGGGGCCCCCUGUUGGUGAUGAUGCUGCUUUGCAGAUGAAGGAUGCACCGAGCUUGAAGUACGUGCAGAGGAACUUUCUUUAUUGGUCCAAGGACUGUGAAAAGGAGAUAUGGAGUGUUUUAGAGCAACUUCCUCUGGAAACUUGAAUGAUCCUGUUAGUUUUUUUUUUUUUUUUUUUUUUAAACUUAAAAAUGGUGGCACAUGCUUUCAGACUUCUGCACUUUGCUUUGCUUAACUUUUAUUAAAAAAAAUGUUUAAAGGAGUUUUAAAGCUUAUUAAAAAUCUGUGCUUUUAUACACACUUCACAAAAAUGUACUUUUAAUUUCUUUUCAAUCUUGCGGUUUCUUCCAAGCCCAGCAGUGUUUCCGAUCACUCUUUUUGAAACGCAUCAUGCAUCAUCUGCAUACAAUUUAAUUUUCAUUCUUUGUAUUUCUAACAUGGGUGAUGUAUUUACUCUAUUUUUUUUUUUUAACUCUGCUUAAAGAUCAACUGUCAGUUCACUGUGAGUCCAUUUCAAGGUUUUAGCUCGGUACCAAUGAAAGCGGUGCAAUGUUACAUUGGUACUUGUUGUAAAACAUCCUGCUGGUAUCACAGCUUAUUAUUGCGUUAGCAGCUUUGGAAAUGUAAAUGUGAUUGCCAUAUUGCAGCAUUAUGUGGGACGUUUUUGCCACUACUUUUGUUAACUGAAUUGCAAUUCUGCACUUUGCAUUUUGGAGUUGAACAUAUGUGUGUGUGUCUGAGUGAUGGUGAAGAUUUUUUAUUUUUUUUCAAAGAUUUGUUUGAUCUUCCAGAGCAGUUAACUAUACUUUCGUCAUAUCCUUGGUGUUGCUACACCAGCUCAUGUUGAGGUCUCAUUGAUGUGGUACCGUGCUCAUUCCUGUUUCCAUUCUCUGAAGCUUUGUGCACUUAACCUGCCUGUGUUUCAAGGUAAUUCUUUCUUGUAUAUUAAAUAAUGCCUUAUAUUUGUCUUGCUUGAA